AUGAGCCUCUGCCUGAGCGCAGUGGCAGCGAUGGCAUUGUGGCAGUUCGUGGCACCGGUGUUCGUGCAGCCCAAGAGCAACAGGGGCCUGGAGGCAGCCGCGCCGGCGGCCAUGGGCGCUCUCGUCUCCAUGGCCUCGUCUUUGCCUGCUGAGGCAACGGUCCCGGCCAAGGGGCCCCUCUACGGCACGGAGCUGUGCACCAAGCCCCUGAUCUACGUCAUCUACCCUCUGUGCGAGCCGGUCUUCCUGGUGUGCCCUCUCUACAACUUCCCGCUGGUCCUGGGCUUCUUCGCAGCCCUCGUCACAGUGAUCAACCUGAUCCUGCCCGAGACCCAGCCCGACGAGGAUGGUGAUCAUACUGUACAAGACAAAGGCGUCUUGGAAAGUUUUGUGGCAGUCAUGGCCCGCCGUGGACGCAGCCUCGUGAUGAGCCUCUGCCUGAGCGCAGUGGCAGCGAUGGCAUUGUGGCAGUUCGUGGCACCGGUGUUCGUGCAGCCCAAGAGCAACAGGGGCCUGGAGGCAGCCGCGCCGGCGGCCAUGGGCGCUCUCGUCUCCAUGGCCUCGUCUUUGCCUGCUGAGGCAACGGUCCCGGCCAAGGGGCCCCUCUACGGCACGGAGCUGUGCACCAAGCCCCUGAUCUACGUCAUCUACCCUCUGUGCGAGCCGGUCUUCCUGGUGUGCCCUCUCUACAACUUCCCGCUGGUCCUGGGCUUCUUCGCAGCCCUCGUCACAGUGAUCAACCUGAUCCUGCCCGAGGUGAAAACAAGCAUCAUGGCCCGCCGUGGACGCAGUCUUGUGAUGAGCCUCUGCCUGAGCGCAGUAGCAGUACUGGCAUUGUGGCAGUUCAUGGCACCGGGAUUCGUGCAGCCCAAGAGCAACAGGGGCCUGGAGGCAGCCGCGCCGGCGGCCAUGGGCGCUCUCGUCUCCAUGGCCUCGUCUUUGCCUGCCGAGGCAACGGUCCCGGCCAAGGGCCCCCUGUACGGCACGGAGCUGUGCACCAAGCCCCUGAUCUACGUCAUCUACCCUCUGUGCGAGCCGGUCUUCCUGGUGUGCCCUCUCUACAACUUCCCGCUGGUCCUGGGCUUCUUCGCAGCCCUCGUCACAGUGAUCAACCUGAUCCUGCCCGAGACCCAGCCCGACGAGAAAGUAAACAUGGCCCGCCGUGGACGCAGCCUCGUGAUGAGCCUCUGCCUGAGCGCAGUGGCAGCGAUGGCAUUGUGGCAGUUCGUGGCACCGGUGUUCGUGCAGCCCAAGAGCAACAGGGGCCUGGAGGCAGCCGCGCCGGCGGCCAUGGGCGCUCUCGUCUCCAUGGCCUCGUCUUUGCCUGCUGAGGCAACGGUCCCGGCCAAGGGGCCCCUCUACGGCACGGAGCUGUGCACCAAGCCCCUGAUCUACGUCAUCUACCCUCUGUGUGAGCCGGUCUUCCUGGUGUGCCCUCUCUACAACUUCCCGCUGGUCUUGGGCUUCUUCGCAGCCCUCGUCACAGUGAUCAACCUGAUCCUGCCCGAGACCCAGCCCGACGAGGACCUGAGGGUCGGCUGA